CCCCACCUGCUCUGCCCUGUCUGCCCUGACUGACCCGCCUUCCACUGCAUGCGAUUCUUAUCGAUACGAUGCUGUCACUUCACUACCAGAAUUCUCAACCCAAUUCCCAACUUGAGGGGCACAUCUCAUAUCCUAUCAUAUUCAAUUCUAGGAUUCAUCUCAAUUUUUAAUAGACCAAUCGUGUUGUGGGGCUUAUGGGGUUGGUAGUGAUAUACAUAUAUAUCUCACACCAGCCCAUGUCAAGCCAACAUGGUUCAUUAUGAGCUCCAUCCAUUAUUCUCAUACUCUAAGGGCAGCUAGAUCCCUCGGCCUACCAUCAAGAACCGGAACUCGAUUUCAGCCUGGCAGCUUAGGCUCAAGUCUUACCUCAAGUCUUGCCCGUCACCAAUGGCAGCCACCUAAGUCGAGAACAUUUCACUUCUCCGCAGCCGCCGUUGCGCAAGCAACCCAGGACGCCGUCAUAGGGCUCCAUGCCGCCUCAGGCCUCCCAUGGUUCGCCGUGAUCCCUCUCGUAGCCGUAGGGGUCAACCUCAUUUUCCGCCUGCCUCUAAACAUCUACACCCACAAGCUCUCCCAGCAGCGAGCGAAGCUCACCCCGCUCUAUUCAGGAUGGGCAUGGCGUAUUAACCUAAAUGUUUCGCGGGAAGGGUUGCCCAAGGGGAAGGAGGAAAAGGUGGCUGUGAAGAGAUACGAGAAGGCAGUAUCGAGGCUCCACCGUUCCUUGGGUCUGCAGAACUGGAAGAUGUAUUCCAGUCUUCUGGCCAUCCCCUUUUGGCUCGUUGGCAUCGACUCCAUCAGACGGAUAAGCGGGGGUCCGGAGGGAAUUUUCGGGUUGUUGUUCUCAGAAACUCCUGUAGAUGCCGGCAACUCGGCUUCAAGCAGUCUCGGAGCCACUGCGUCGGCGGUGAACAGCUCAGCUACUGCUCCAGCCGCCCAAGUUUCUGCGGUCGACACAUCCGCAGCUACCGCAGCACUAACUGACAAUAUCCAAGACCUACCAGACCCAAGCAUCGCACUAGAAGGCUGUCUCUGGUUCCAGGACCUCACCGCUGCCGACCCCUACUGCAUCCUUCCCUUCGCCUUAACCGUCAUGCUAGUCGCGAACCAGCUCCCGUCAACCGAAAGAGGGAUACGCCGGCUCUUCGACCUGCGGUCUAAAGAGGGGCGCGUCGUCAUCACGACAGCGGCCAAGAGAAGUCUACGUUUCCGCCGAGCACUACUCCUCUUGUCCCUCAUUAUAGGUCCCAUCACUGCCUCCAUGCCGGCCGCGCUGCAUAUGUACUGGCUGACGACGUCUGCUUCGCAAUUGUUCGUGGGCAGGAUCCUGUCGUACUUGAUGCCGGUCAAGAACCAUGUCGUUAAGGAGUAUAAGGAGAAGAAUUUUGAUACCGUACGGCCAGAUCCUAGCGAGAGGCCGAUAGCUCAAGCUAACAGGUAGUGAGGGUGGUAUAUACAGACCCCGCCCCUGGCUGUGUGUGCAUUUCACAUUGCGAAUAUACUUUGUAGUUGUAACCAUGUAAAUUUACAAUACGUAGCGAUUUACGCGAAAUACUCGCACUCGCCAACUAUGUAAGAGUAUCCCUAGGUAUUUGGAUUGCCUAAAAACAACCUAGAGUAAAAAGAAAGCGAUAACUAGCUCCUUUCGAGCCUGUAUAGCGCAAACGUGAUACACACCCAACUACAUAGAACAUAAGAAU